CUCCGGGGGCGAUGCUGCGGUGGGGGCUCCGGGUCGUGAGCUGCGGCUCCUCCGCCCCGGGCAGCGCGGCGUGCGCCGGGCCGUGGCGGCGGCGGCAGCGCAGCGUUCUUACAAUGGCUGAGGAUUUGAUAGCAGCGGUUGCCAGCCAGACAAAGAGACUCAACAGCAGCAGCGAAGUGGUUCAAAGGCUGGAAGAAAACGGGCAUCAGAAUAAAAAAUUGAAGAGUGAUGCGGAUGAGGAAGAUGCAGAGGAUCAGAAUAAGAAGUUGCCCAAAAGGAAGAUUGUGCUGUUGAUGGCAUAUUCAGGGAAAGGCUACCAUGGCAUGCAAAGAAACGUGGGAUCUUCACAGUUCAAGACAAUUGAGGAUGACCUAGUCUCUGCCCUUGUCCAGUCAGGAUGCAUCCCAGAGAACCACGGGGAAGAUAUGAAGAAGAUGUCUUUCCAGCGCUGUGCUCGAACAGAUAAGGGUGUGUCUGCAGCUGGACAGAUUGUGUCACUGAAGGUCUGGCUAAUAGAUGACAUCUUAGAAAAGAUCAAUAAUCAUCUUCCUUCUCACAUCAGAAUUCUGGGCCUGAAGAGAGUCACUGGGGGGUUCAACUCCAAGAACAAAUGUGAUGCCAGAACCUACUCUUACAUGCUGCCAACAUUUGCCUUUGCCCAUAAGGACCAUGAUGUGCAGGAGGAGCUCUAUCGGCUGGACAGGGAGACCCUUGAAAGGGUGAAUCAGCUGCUGGCCUGCUACAAAGGGACACACAACUUCCACAACUUCACUUCACAGAAGGGCCCCAGGGACCCCAGUGCCAAGAGGUACAUCAUGGAGAUGUUCUGUGGAGAGCCCUUCGUCAGGGAAAACGUGGAAUUUGCAGUGAUCCAAGUGAAAGGUCAGAGUUUCAUGAUGCACCAGAUCAGGAAGAUGAUUGGGCUGGUGAUAGCAAUUGUGAAAGGUUAUGCUGCUGAGUCCAUCAUGGAACGCAGCUGGGGAGAGGAGAAGGUUGACGUCCCCAAAGCCCCAGGACUUGGGCUGGUUUUGGAGAAAGUACACUUUGAAAAAUACAACAGGCGUUUUGGGAAUGAUGGGCUGCAUGAGCCACUGGAGUGGACAGAGGAGGAGGAGAAGAUUGCUGUUUUCAAAGAGCAGUACAUCUAUCCUACCAUUAUCAACACAGAAAGGGAGGAGAAAUCCAUGGCAAACUGGCUAAAAACCCUCCCCAUUCAUGACUUCAACUCGUCUGCUGUUGAGAUGCAAACUAACAACAAAAAUUCAAAGAAGAGCGACGAUCUCGAAGGCAGCGAUGGUUGUGGUGAUGACUCUGACUGAGCCAGCAGCUGGCUGGAUGUGGGACCCUUGCUGCUUGCAGUUCCCCUUGUCUACAAAAAAGUGGCCUUUCCAAAUCCAGGAAUCCAGUGAAACAGGAGUUUGUGUGCUUGGAGAAUGAGAACUGGAUGCCCAGGAGAAGCUGGGUGGGGAAGACAGCGCAGCAGAAAAACCAGAAGUUUCCUAUACCACUGACUGAUUCACCUGACUGAUAUACUUGAAAACAGUGUAGUGGGAAAGCAGCUUUCUAAAAAAAAUCUUGAAAUGCAGGAUAUCUUAAUUGCUAUUUGAAUAAUGUUUUUAUUAUGUUUACUUGGAAAAUAGUAUUUUAAAUAUGUAUAAUCUCUACGUAAAGAUGGGGCAAAUAAUUUUAAUACACUCCUUUUUAUUAUGAA